AUGGAGCCGUCCUCGCCCCAGGAUGAGGGCCUGAGGAAGAAGCAGCCCAAGAAGCCGGUUCCCGAGGUCCUGCCCAGGCCGCCGCGGGCCUUGUUCUGCUUGACUCUCCAGAACCCCGUGAGGAGGGCCUGCAUCAGCAUCGUGGAAUGGAAACCCUUCGAGACCAUCAUCUUACUCACCAUCUUCGCCAAUUGUGUGGCCCUGGCCGCGUACCUGCCCAUGCCGGAGGACGACAGCAGCGCUCUGAACCUCGGCCUGGAGAAGCUGGAGUACUUCUUCCUCAUCGUCUUCUCCAUUGAGGCCGCCAUGAAGAUCAUUGCCUACGGCUUCCUGUUCCACCCGGACGCCUACCUGCGCAGCGGCUGGAACGUGCUGGACUUUAUCAUCGUCUUCCUGGGGGUCUUCACCGUGAUUCUGGAGCAGGUCAACGUCAUCCAGACCAACACGGCCCCGAUGAGCAGCAAAGGCGCCGGCUUGGACGUCAAGGCCCUGAGGGCCUUCCGCGUGCUCAGACCGCUCCGGCUGGUGUCCGGGGUGCCCAGCCUGCAGGUGGUCCUCAACUCCGUCUUCAAGGCCAUGCAGCCCCUGUUCCACAUCGCCCUGCUUGUGCUCUUCAUGGCCAUCAUCUAUGCCAUCAUCGGGCUGGAGCUCUUCAAGGGCAAGAUGCACAAGACCUGCUACUUCAUCGGGACGGACAUCGUGGCCACGGUGGAGAAUGAGAAGCCAUCGCCCUGUGCCCGGACGGGGUCAGGGCGCCGCUGCACCAUCAACGGCAGCGAGUGCCGGGGCGGCUGGCCAGGCCCCAACCACGGCAUCACCCACUUCGACAACUUCGGCUUCUCCAUGCUCACCGUGUACCAGUGCAUCACCAUGGAGGGCUGGACCGACGUCCUCUACUGGGUCAACGAUGCCAUUGGGAACGAGUGGCCCUGGAUCUACUUUGUCACCCUGAUCCUGCUGGGCUCCUUCUUCAUCCUCAACUUGGUGCUGGGCGUGCUGAGCGGGGAAUUCACCAAGGAGCGGGAGAAGGCCAAGUCCAGGGGAACCUUCCAGAAGCUGCGGGAGAAGCAGCAGCUGGAUGAGGACCUCCGGGGCUAUUUGAGCUGGAUCACGCAGGGCGAGGUCAUGGAUGUGGACGACUUGAGAGAAGGGAAGCUGGCUUUGGAUGAAGGCGGCUCUGACACAGAGAGCCUGUAUGAAAUCGCAGGCUUGAACAAAGUCAUCCAGUUUAUCCGACAGUGGAGGCGGUGGAACCGCGUCUUCCGCUGGAAAUGCCACGACGCGGUGAAGUCCAGGGUCUUCUACUGGCUGGUCAUCCUGAUCGUCGCCCUCAACACCCUGUCGAUCGCCUCGGAACACCACCACCAGCCUCUCUGGUUGACCCACCUGCAAGACAUCGCCAACCGGGUGCUGCUGGCCCUGUUCACCGUGGAGAUGCUGAUGAAGAUGUACGGGCUGGGCCUGCGCCAGUACUUCAUGUCCAUCUUCAACCGCUUCGACUGCUUCGUGGUAUGCAGCGGCCUCCUGGAGAUCCUGCUGGUGGAGUCAGGGGCCAUGACACCCCUCGGCAUCUCCGUGCUGCGCUGCAUCCGCCUCCUCAGGAUUUUCAAGAUCACCAAGUACUGGACGUCCCUGAGCAACCUGGUGGCCUCGCUGCUGAACUCCAUCCACUGCAUCGCGUCCCUGCUGCUGCUGCUGUCCCUGUUCGUCGUCAUCUUCGCCCUCCUGGGCAUGCAGCUCUUCGGGGGCAGGUACGACUUUGAGGACACGGAGGUGCGGCGCAGCAACUUCGACAACUUCCCGCAGGCCCUCAUCACCGUCUUCCAGGUGCUGACAGCUGAGGACUGGAACUCCGUGAUGUACGACGGGAUCAUGGCCUACGGCGGCCCGACCUACCCCGGGGUGCUCGUCUGCAUCUACUUCAUCAUCCUGUUCGUCUGCGGCAACUACAUACUGCUCAACGUCUUCCUGGCCAUCGCGGUAGACAACCUGGCAGAGGCGGAGAGCCUGACGUCGGCCCAGAAGGCCAAGGCCGAGGAGCGGAGGCGCAGGAAGAUGUCCAGGGGGCUCCCAGACAAGUCAGAGGAGGAGAAGUCGAUGGUGGCCAAGAAGCUGGAGCAGAAACCCAAGGGGGAGGGCAUCCCCACCACGGCCAAGCUGAAGGUCGAUGAGUUUGAAUCCAACGUCAAUGAGGUGAAGGACCCCUACCCGUCAGCCGACUUCCCAGGAGACGAUGAGGAAGACGAGCCCGAGAUCCCAAUAAGCCCACGGCCGCGCCCGCUGGCCGAGCUGCAGCUGAAGGAGAAGGCGGUGCCCAUUCCAGAAGCCAGCGCCUUCUUCAUCUUCAGCCCCACCAAUAAGAUCCGCGUCCUGUGCCAUCGCAUCGUCAACGCCACCUGGUUCACCAACUUCAUCCUGCUCUUCAUCCUGCUGAGCAGCGCCGCACUGGCCGCUGAGGACCCCAUCCGGACUGAGUCCGUGAGGAACCAGAUCCUUGGGUAUUUUGACAUCGUGUUCACCUCUGUCUUCACUGUGGAGAUUGUCCUCAAGAUGACCACCUAUGGGGCCUUCCUGCACAAGGGCUCCUUCUGCCGCAACUACUUCAACAUCCUGGACCUGGUGGUGGUGGCCGUGUCCCUCAUCUCCAUGGGACUUGAGUCUAGCGCCAUCUCUGUGGUGAAAAUCCUGAGGGUGCUGAGGGUACUCCGACCGCUCCGGGCCAUCAACAGAGCCAAAGGGCUGAAGCACGUGGUGCAGUGCGUGUUCGUGGCCAUCCGCACCAUCGGGAACAUCGUCCUGGUCACCACCCUCCUGCAGUUCAUGUUCGCCUGCAUCGGCGUCCAGCUCUUCAAGGGGAAAUUCUUCAGCUGCAAUGACUUGUCCAAGAUGACAGAGGAGGAGUGCAGGGGCUACUACUAUGUGUACAAGGACGGGGACCCCACGCAGGUGGAGCUGCGCCCCCGCCAGUGGACGCACAGCAACUUCCACUUCGACAACGUGCUCUCGGCCAUGAUGUCACUCUUCACGGUGUCCACCUUCGAGGGGUGGCCUGAGCUGCUGUACAGAGCCAUUGACUCGCACGAGGAGGACAAGGGCCCCGUGUACAACGAGCGCCCGGAGAUGGCCGUCUUCUUCAUCGUCUACAUCAUCCUCAUCGCCUUCUUCAUGAUGAACAUCUUCGUGGGCUUCGUCAUCGUCACCUUCCAGGAGCAGGGGGAGACCGAGUACAAGAACUGCGAGCUGAACAAGAACCAGCGCCAGUGCGUGCAGUACGCCCUGAAGGCCCGCCCCCUGAAGUGCUACAUCCCCAAAAACCCGUGCCAGUACCAGGUGUGGUACAUCGUCACCUCCUCCUACUUCGAGUACCUAAUGUUCGCCCUCAUCAUGCUCAACACCAUCUGCCUGGGCAUGCAGCACUACAACCAGUCGGAGCAGAUGGACCACAUCUCAGACAUCCUCAACGUGGCCUUCACCACCAUCUUCACGGUGGAGAUGGUCCUCAAGCUCAUGGCCUUCAAGGCCAGGGGCUAUUUUGGGGACCCCUGGAAUGUGUUUGACUUCCUGAUUGUCAUCGGCAGCAUCAUCGACGUCAUCCUCAGUGAGAUUGACACUUUCCUGGCCUCCAGCGGGGGACUGUAUUGCCUGGGUGGCAGCUGCGGGAACGUUGACCCCGACGAGAGCGCCCGCAUCUCCAGCGCCUUCUUCCGCCUGUUCCGCGUCCUGAGGCUGAUCAAGCUGCUGAGCCGCGCCGAGGGCGUGCGCACGCUGCUCUGGACCUUCAUCAAGUCCUUCCAGGCCCUGCCCUACGUGGCUCUGCUCAUCGUCAUGCUCUUCUUUAUCUACGCCGUCAUCGGCAUGCAGAUGCUCGGGAAGAUUGCCCUGGUGGACGGGACCCAGAUCAACCGGAACAACAACUUCCAGACCUUCCCCCAGGCCGUGCUUCUGCUCUUCAGGUGUGCCACGGGUGAGGCGUGGCAGGAGAUCCUGCUGGCCUGCAGCUACGGCCAGCUGUGCGACCCCGAGUCGGACUACGCCCCGGGGGAGGAGCGCACCUGUGGCACCGACUUCGCCUACUACUACUUCAUCAGUUUCUACAUGCUCUGUGCCUUCCUGAUCAUCAACCUCUUUGUGGCUGUCAUCAUGGACAACUUUGACUACCUCACACGGGACUGGUCCAUCCUGGGCCCUCAUCACCUGGACGAAUUCAAGGCCAUCUGGGCAGAGUAUGACCCAGAAGCUAAGGGCAGAAUCAAACACCUGGACGUGGUGACCCUGCUGAGGAGGAUCCAGCCCCCUCUGGGCUUUGGGAAGUUCUGCCCACACCGGGUAGCAUGUAAGCGGCUGGUGGGCAUGAACAUGCCCCUGAACAGCGACGGCACAGUCACCUUCAACGCCACUCUCUUCGCCCUGGUCCGCACGGCGCUCAAGAUCAAGACGGAAGGUAACUUCGAACAGGCCAACGAGGAGCUGCGGGCCAUCAUCAAGAAGAUCUGGAAGAGGACCAGCAUGAAGCUGCUGGACCAGGUCAUCCCGCCCAUAGGAGAUGACGAGGUGACGGUGGGGAAGUUCUACGCCACGUUUCUCAUCCAGGAGCACUUCCGGAAGUUCAUGAGGCGCCAGGAGGAAUAUUAUGGGUACCGGCCCAAGAAGGACACCGUGCAGAUCCAGGCCGGACUGCGGACCCUUGAGGAAGAGGCAGCCCCUGAGAUCCGCCGUACCAUCUCGGGAGACCUGACGGCCGAGGAAGAGCUGGAGAGAGCCAUGGUGGAGGCCGCGAUGGAGGAAGGGAUAUUCCGGAGGACCGGAGGCCUGUUUGGCCGGGUGGACAGCUUCCUGGAAAGGACCAACUCCCUGCCUCCACACAUGGCCAACCAGAGACCCCUCCAGUUUACUGAAAUAGAGAUGCAGGAGCUGGAGUCGCCCGUCUUCUUGGAGGACUUCCCUCAACAUCCAAGCACCAACCCUCUUGCCCGUGCCAACACCAACAAUGCCAACGCCAACGUUGCCGGUGGCAACAGCAACCAUGGCAACAGCCCGGCAUUUUUCAGCGUCCACUCUGAAGGGGAGCUCCCAGGGGAUACAGAGACGCCUGCCACCAGAGGAGGAGCCUCCGCCCGGCCCCAGGGGACCCUGGGACCCCACAGCAAGUCCCAUGGGGAGAGGCUGCAGGGACAGCUGCCCCGGAGGGCGAUUCGCGGCGCUCGGGCACCUGCCAACCCCUGCCAGCUUGUGGGGACACAGUCUCUGGUGCCCGAGGAAGCACCCCCCAAGGAUGGUACCCCCGGGUGCCCGGCCCCAGCCAUGGCCCUGCUGAUCCGAGAGGCUCUGGUUCGAGGGGGCUUGGACACGUUGGCGGCUGACGCUAAGUUCGUCAUGGCAACGGGCCACACCCUGGUGGAAGCCUGCCAGAUGGAACUGCAGGAAGUGGAGGUGGCAGCCGCUGAGCUUCUGAAGGGACGAGAGACCCUGGAGGGUGUGGCCAGUGCCCGGGGGCGUUGGAGCCUCGGGUCCUCCCUGGGAAGCCUCGACCAGCAUCAAGGCUCCCAGGAGACCCUCAUUCCCCGCAGGCUGUGAAGGCCACGGCGUCAGCCUGGGCUUAGAGCCGGCAUGGCCAAGGGUGGGGGGCUGGCGCGGGAGGGUUGGCCCAGCACGGCAGCCCCCCCGUCUCAGCAGCUAGACUUACAAACAGACAGGAACCACCCACAAGGUCAGGAGGUAGAUGGACAGGCCCUUCUCCUCACCAGCAAGAGGCGUGAUGGGAUGGAGCUUCUGGGGUCAUUCAAAGAGGCCUGGUCAGUGCCAGCAGGACAUUAAAGCCUCCAGGCCUGCA